AUGGCCUCCAGCUCUGGUGCUUGUUCCUCUGGUGGUAAUGCUCGAGGUGGAGGUGGAGGAUCAGGGUCAGAAUGUUCGCCCGUUGGAGGAAAUGGUGAUACUGGUAACUCACCUAAUCAGUCUACACCAUUUAACUUGAGUAAUUUUGGGAUACUUGCGGUGUUUUGUGUUAUACUGUCACUAUCAUCUAGUACAUAUCAUAAUUGGCCUGCCAUAGAAAGGAGCCUGGUAAAUGAUAAAGUAUUUCAGCAUUUAUGUACUGAGAAUGAAAUACGAGAAUCUAUUCCUGAGAUGUAUGUCUGUGAUAAGCAAAGGGAUGCCAUAGGUAACCUAUCACUCAAUAUAUUUCUGUUCGAAUUUAUCGCAUACUCUAUCGGUGGUCCCUUGGUUGACAUUGUUGGUGUAUACUUCGUUAUGAUUGCCGGCUUUGCUUUUGGAUUUUACGGAUUCAUAUUAUUGUACUUUUAUCAUGAUAUCAGUUUUAUUGUCAAGUUUAGUUUUUGUUGCUGGGGGAUGUUUGGUGGACUGAUCAUUAUCACAUCCAUUCACUUUGCAAGAAUGUUUCCCGAUGCCGAGAGUUUGGCGGAUGGAAUGAUGAUAUUUUUUGAGAACUUCGCAUCCGUAAUACCUUUGCUGAUAUAUAAACUUAUUAAGAGUUUUGGGAUUACCUAUUAUGAGGGUUAUGGAGGCUAUAUAAUUUGGGGAAUAGUACCAUCAUUUAUAUUGGCAUUAUCAUUUAUGCCCAUAAAAAUAAUUUCAAAAAAAAACAAAGAUAUUAACAACCAGUGUAAAAUUUUUGAUUUUCCUAAUGAUUUUAAAUGUUUAAUAGAAACGUUCAGCUGCUGGAAGUUGUGGGCAAAUCUGGUCGUAUUUUCAAUUCCAGUGACAUCUGCCAUGUUUUAUAGGAAGACAUUCUCCACAUACUUCCUCAACAAUCCUACCCUUCAGGGCGUAUUCCCAUUAAUAUUGUUGUUUGUAUUUCUUCCAAUACCAUUCAUAUCUGCUCUUGAUCAGUUUAUAAGCGUACACUUAACAUCUGCUUUCCUAUACAUUCUUUAUAUAUUAGCAUUUUUAUGUUUUUUCUACAGAACCGAAACACAUGGUCUCAUUUCAAUGGUUUUGUUCUGUAUUGCACACUCUGCUGAACAUCAGAUCAUGCAUUACAUAAGCAAAACCCAUAAGCAGUAUGAGUCAACACUAAUGGGCAUAUCAUAUUGCGUUGUUUUUGUGGUUGGGUUUAUUUCCCAGUUUGUUUUUGAUUGUAUCUACAAGAUUUCACCAAAACUCGCACUGUACACUAUUAUCUCACUUCUUUUUGUCGCAACAAUCUCUUCAGUGGGAUUUGAAAUUGCUAACGGUCGUGGUAGUGGUGAUUCUCAAGAACAAUCUUCUCGUCUCAAUCUUAAUAGGCUUAGAAUUGUUUAUGUUAUCCUUUGGUUUAUUCCAUUUAUAUUUCUAUCUAUAGUACUUUCCUUUAAGUCUUUUAUGAAGAAUAAAAACAAUGAAACUAAAUCCAAAUAUUGUAUAUGUGACAUGGCGCUUUACGGUUGUCAAAAAUUAUUUACAACAGCAAUGGUCUUUUAUUCAUUUUCAUUUUAUUACGUUUGCACCGUGUUUACUGUUAUAGCAACAAUUUUUAAUGUUUGUAAAUCAGUCUCAUUCGAGUAUGAUAGGUACAGAUUCAUAUGGCUUUUGAUAUAUCUCGGAUGCUUUUUCAUCGUUUCACAUUUUAUCAUUGGGUAUCAUUUUAACUAUUACAAUCAAAAACACGAACCCAUUUUAAAGUUACUUAUAGUUUUAUUCAUUUGUAAAAUAUUAUUAUUCAUGUGCUCCAAGAUGAAACAUGGCAAAACUGCCAUCUUCCUUUUCUCAGGGUUUCUGGUUAUUUACGGAUACACCUUCUUCUUGUUCAUCCAUAUGCUCACCUACUAUAAUUUUCAGAUCACAUAUGUUGAAAGGUCUUACCUCGUUAGUUUGAUACACUGGGGAGGAAUGUUCACAUUAUUUUUGUUACUUAGGUUCUUCUAUGUUAAAAUUUCAAAUUAUCGUUUUGGAUAUUUCAUGUUAUGGGCGUUCAAUACUGGUUAUUUUAUAUUCUUUGCGAUUCAAUUAAUUUAUUAUUUUUCCUAUGAAAUGGACCUAUUUUUUCGAUUUAGUACAUGCAAUCUGCCUGUUCCUGAAUUUUCAGAAUCAUGUAUUAAAAUGACUGAACCCAGGGAAUUUUGUGCUAGACUUUUUAGUGCGGCACUUGUAAUAUCUAAUCUUGCAAUUUUGAUUAGUUUUGAGUUUUGUUGGACUUUGAUCGUGGUAUUGAUUUGGUGUUUUUUUAAUGAUAUCUUAAAUGGUAUCUGUUCACGUUAUAUUAGAAAAAAAUAUAAACAAAAAUACGAAACAGAAUUUCAUCCCGAUAUGAUCAAUUAUUUUAUCUUACCAAUAUCAUCCGUCUCAUUGGCUCUGUUUAUGGCUCUAUUUAUAUGUCGUAUUAUAAUGUCUGAUAAUAGAUUUAAUAAUAACUCGUUCGUUUAUGUAUUGAUAAUCUGUAGCUUUGUUGUUUUGUCUUACUACUCAAAUGUCUCAUGGUUUCAUACACAGUAUGAGUUACAGACUUGUUGCUGCAAAAAAGAUGAUAGUUGUAAAUGUAGCACUAAUGGCACCUGUUGUUGUUACUUUACCAAGAAGUGUAUUUGCUGUAUUUGUUGUAAAUGUUGCUCUUGUAACCAACAAAAAUCCCAAUGCCAAUGUUCUAGUUCUAAUCAAACUUCCAAUCAUUGUUGUUGUAAAACUGCUAGUUCUUGCCCUUGUUGUAAAAGUACUCUUGGUUGUUGUUCCACUAAUAUAACCCAUUGUAAAUGCUGUAGUGAGUGUGAAAAAUGUGUCUGUAUAUGCUUAAAAAGAAUUAAAAAUGAAGAUAAAGAUACUGAUAUCAUUUUUUGUUUUUUUGAGUGUACUUUUAAAGAUGUAGUAAACAAUUUCAUUUCAUUUUUUAUUGGAAACAUUAUUGGAUGGCUGUUGUUCAUAGCUUACUUUGCCUUGUCAAAAGAACAAAACGUAUUCUUAUCAUUUAGAUAA